ACCUUCUCUUCCUCACUUUUUUGUCCAUUUUAUUUUUCUAUAUAUCCUGCUCCUUUUUCUUUUUAUUCCAACACUCAUUCACUCAAGUCUUAAUUACUGAAUUUUAAUCACAGCCUCAUAGGAGAGAACUUUUAGUAGCCUUUAUUGUUCCAGGCACUGGAAUGCUGUGAGGAAAAUGGGUUUUAGCAGAGGUCCUUGCAGUGUUCUGGUUUGCAUUUUGGUUGGGUUGUGUUCUUUUUAUCCGUGUUCUGGAACUGAUAUUACUGCGCAGUUAUUCGUAAAUGCUUCUAAACAGUCUGCAAGAACCAUACCAGAUACAUUGUUUGGUAUAUUCUUUGAGGAGAUCAACCAUGCCGGGGCUGGUGGCUUGUGGGCAGAGCUUGUAGACAACAGAGGUUUUGAAGCUGGGGGCCAGGCCACUCCCUCAGAUAUUGCUCCUUGGUUCAUAAUUGGAGAUGAAUCAUUGGUAGUUUUAUCAACAGACCGUUCGUCAUGCUUUGAUCGUAAUAAAAUUGCACUUCGGAUGGAUGUUCUCUGCGAUAGCAAAGGUCCAUUGAUCUGUCCAGCUGGAGGGGUUGGGGUUUACAACCCUGGAUUUUGGGGGAUGAAUAUUGAACAAGGGAAGAGCUAUAAACUGAUUUUAUAUCUCCGGUCAUAUAAUCCGAUUAACGUUUCUGUAUCCCUGACAGACUCAACUGGAUCACAACCACUGGCUACUUCUAACAUUAUAGCUUCUAGUGUUUCAAAUUGGACUAGGAUGGAGUUUUUGUUUGUAGCGAAAGCAACCAAUCCUAAUUCAAGACUGCAGUUCACAACAACUCAGGCAGGAGUUAUAUGGUUUGAUCAAGUUUCAUUAAUGCCAGUGGACACAUACAAGGGUCUUGGUUUCCGGAAAGAUCUUUUUCAAUUGCUAGCGGAUCUUAAACCAGCAUUUCUCAGAUUUCCAGGUGGUUGCUUUGUUGAAGGUGGUAGAUUACCUAAUGCAGUCCGCUGGAAAGAUACUAUUGGUCCUUGGGAAGAGAGGCCUGGACAUUAUGGUGAUGUUUGGGAUUACUGGACAGAUGAUGGACUAGGGCACUUCGAGUUUUUCCAGCUAGCAGAAGACUUGGGUGCAUUGCCAAUAUGGGUAUUUAACAAUGGAAUCAGUCUCCAUGGCGAAGUUAAUAUGUCCGUUAUCUUACCAUUUAUUCAUGAAGUACUAGAUGGUCUUGAGUUCGCCAAAGGCGAUGCUUCAACGACAUGGGGUUCUGUUCGAGCAGCACUGGGACAUCCAGAACCUUUCGACUUGAGAUAUGUUGCUAUUGGGAAUGAGGAAUGCCCAAUCCAAGGUUACCGCGGGAACUACCUUAAAUUCUACCAAGCUAUAAAACAUUAUUACCCAGAGAUUAAAAUAAUAUCCAACUGCGAUGGUUCUUCUCAGAAAUUGGAUCACCCUGCAGAUCUGUAUGAUUAUCAUAUAUAUACCAGCGCAAACAACAUGUUUUCAAAGUAUAAUGCUUUCGAUUAUGUAGCACGAGAUGGCCCGAAGGCUUUUGUAAGUGAAUAUGCUGUGACCCCGAAAGAAGAUGCCGGGACAGGAAGUCUUUUGGCAGCACUGGCAGAAGCUGGAUUUCUUCUCGGGCUUGAAAGGAACAGUGAUAUUGUUGAAAUGGCAAGCUAUGCCCCUCUAUUUGUGAACACAAAUGACAGACGCUGGAACCCCGAUGCAAUUGUCUUAAACUCUGCGAAGGCGUAUGGUACUCCUAGUUACUGGAUGCAACAGUUUUUCAUAGAGUCAAAUGGCGCAACCCUUCUUAAUUCGACACUUCAAGCAAGCUCAACGAAUUCACUCCAUGCAUCUGCUAUUAUAUGGAAAAAUACAGAUGAUGUUACGUAUUACUUGAGAUUAAAGUUUGUCAACAUUGGUAGUGUCCCGGUGAGUAUGAAGAUUGGCAUUGAUGGGGUGAAGAUCAACACAAAAUCAGCAGUCAGUACUGUUCUUACUUCAGACAAUGUUAUGGAUGAGAAUUCUUUUGACAAGCCAGCAAAGGUGACACCAGUUAAGGCACCACUUACAGCUGACGUUGAAGCUGAUGACACAGGAAUGACGUUCACUCUUGCUCAGCAUUCCUUAACUUGCAUAGAUGUGUUAACAACAUAACUAAUAUACAGUGAGGGAAAAACAAAGUGAUGGAACUCAAAAGGCUCUUUACUUUUUUCAUGUUUCUGGUUAUCUCCAAGCCUUAACAUGAGUAAUUGUCAUUGUUUCUUGGUGAUAAACCGGAGAUCUUUAAUUAUAUUAUAGAGGUGGAGGGUGCACAACUACACAAACUUUGCUUAUAAAAUGACAUUUAUGUUAAUAAAUUUAUACACAGUGAGCAGUUUCUUUA